UAGCAAACCCCAAUUACUUUCUUCCCUAAAAUAACAUCUCAUAACCUAAAACAUGAAGGACAUUUUCAGGGCUUCCCUUUUCCUCUUCUUCUUGAUCCCUUCUCCUCUCUCUCUCUCUCUCUUUUUUACACCCUUAAAACUUUAUUUCCCACAACUUCACUUCUGAUCUCUUUUCCAGUUAAAAAUAAUAAUAAUAAUUAAAUCUAUUUCUUCACCUCACUCUUCAAGUACUCCCUUUUUACUAUCACUUUGAAUCUUUCUUCUUCUUUUUUCAUUUUUUUUUUUUUUACUUGUCUCUCCAUCUGAAGCAUCAUCAUCCAUGGAGAGGAACUGUUUACGCACCGUGUAUCGUACAAGUUUAACAACAAUGAACACGACGAUUGGUGGAGGAGCCAACCCCGCCAACGCAGCCGUGAAAAGCCAGAGGAACAAGCUGUGCCGAGCAGCGGAGGAGGAUUUCAUAAAUGGGAUUUCAUGGCCUCCAAGAAGUUACGCAUGCAACUUCUGCAAGAGGGAAUUUAGAUCAGCUCAAGCUCUUGGUGGUCAUAUGAAUGUUCAUAGGAGAGAUAGAGCCUUGCUUUAUUCUCCUCCAGCUGAUGGUCAGUUCACAAAUCUCAACCUUAACCUUCACCAUAACCCUAACCCUAAUAUCCCAUCUCACGACGAUGUCGCAUUCGUCGGUCAAAAAGCUUCGGAUUUGAAGUCGCCAUCUACGACGCGGGAGAUUGCGAAGCGUAAUAUAUUUGAGACAGCUCAUUGGAAGAAGGGUGAGAAAUUUAAUAUUGGGUUGGACAUUGAAAUCAGUACUACUUCCACCAAUGUACUUACCGACUCCAAUAAGGACAUUGAUUUGGAGCUUCGAUUAGGCUACUCAACUUAGAGAUCAAGUUGUGGGAUUUUCAGUGAUGAUAUUUGAUCUUGUAACAUGUUCUUCAAAUUUUCUCGUAUGUUUUCUUUUUUGUUGUUAAAAUUUGAAUAUUAUUCACCAUCUGUUGUUAUUUUUUUGCAUUGUCCUCAACCAUGACAUUAUUAUUGUUUCCAUC